UCCAAAUUCGGCGACCAGACUUUCAAAGAUUCUGAAACUUUUAUGCAUUGAGGUUAUGUCAUCAUUGGUGUGUCAUAUAUAUUAAAAGGAUUGAUUAUGCUUUCUUCCUCUUUUCUUUACUCUUUCCUACCGCCCCUCCCCAUGCGAUACACAAUUGUGGGGUUCAUAUGAUAAAGUGGCAGCCCUGAUACAGUUUUCUAUUAAGUCAACCAACUGUAUAUCUGUGCACAAGCACCUACCUGACUCUCAUCAUAUCAUCAGGAGUUAAAUUUCAUGAUACAUCAUGAUUUAACAGUUACCAAACUCUUAUAGUAUAAAUAGAAUGUUCUUCAACUCGAAUGAGCUCAAGAAACAGAAUCGAAACCUUUUUCUUGCAUAGAAACAAGGCCAUGGACUUCUAUAGACACUCAUUGCAUGAGCUGUUUUUGUUUUCCUUGAUUUCCUUGUUCUGUGUGAUCUCGGGAACACAGUUCAGCAUCCCCAGGCUAGGAGCACUUCGAAGAACAAUCCGAAGUGAACCCAAGAUCACAUCUACUUUAGUUUCUAAUAAAGAUUUUGAGACCUUCUUUUAUAGCCAGACACUUGAUCACUUCAACUACAAACCGGAAAGUUAUACCACUUUCCCACAAAGAUAUGUAGUCAAUUCUAAGUACAUAGGUGGUGCAAAUACUAGUUCACCAAUCUUGGUGUAUUUUGGUGCAGAAGAGGCAUUGGACUAUGAUUUAUCCGGUAUUGGUUUUCUCACUGAUAAUGCCCCUCGUUUCAAAGCUUUACUAGUAUACAUAGAGCAUCGGUUCUAUGGAAAAUCCAUACCAUUCGGAUCAAGGGAAGCAGCUCUGAGAAAUGCCAGUAUUCGGGGUUAUUUCACCUCAGCUCAAGCUAUAGCAGAUUAUGCUGCCAUCAUUCUUCAUAUAAAGAAAACAUUCUUUGCAAAGAACUCUCCUGUAAUUGUCAUUGGAGGAUCAUACGGGGGAAUGCUUGCUGCAUGGUUUCGGCUAAAAUAUCCACAUAUUGCUCUUGGAGCUCUUGCCUCCUCAGCUCCAAUUCUUUACUUCGAUGACCUUGCACCAAAAGUUGGAUACUACGCAAUUGUGACCAAGGAUUUCAAAGAAACUAGUGAAAGUUGCUACGAAACCAUUCGAAAUUCAUGGGAUGAAAUUGAUAGAGUUGCUUCGAAGACUAAUGGUCUUUCAAUCCUCAGCAUGAAAUUCAAAACUUGCGAAAAAUUGAAGAGAAGUUUUGAUCUUAAGGACUACCUAGAUUCAUUGUAUUCUGAAGUAGCUCAAUAUGAUCAUCCCCCCACUUAUCCCCUUAAUGUCGUCUGUGGUGGCAUUGACGGAGCUCCUGGAGGGACUGAUAUACUCGGCCGAAUAUUUGCCGGUGUUGUUGCUUACAUGGGAAAUAAAUCAUGCUACGACAUGAACGAAUUCAAUCAUCCAACUGAUGAAACAUAUAUGGGUUGGAAAUGGCAGACCUGUAGUGAGAUGGUGAUGCCCAUAGGCCAUGGCAACAAUGAUUCUAUGUUCCCACCAGCUCCAUUCAAUCUAAACAGGUUCAUAAGGAAGUGCAAGAGCUUAUUUGGUGUCCAGCCUCAGCCACAUUGGGUGACAACUUACUAUGGAGGCCAUGAUUUAAAGUUGAUUCUUCAUGGGUUUGCUAGCAACAUCAUUUUCUCUAAUGGCCUGAGAGAUCCUUACAGCAGCGGCGGGGUAUUGGAGAACAUAUCAGAUAGUGUUGUUGCAGUCUAUUCGGCCAAUGGAUCUCAUUGCUUGGAUAUACUUCCAGAAAAGAACAGUGAUCCACAGUGGUUGGUCGAGCAAAGAAAAACCGAAGUUCAGAUAAUCCAGUGCUGGAUUUCAAAGUACUACACUGAUCUGCUUGAGUUUACAGAUCGAACCAGAGUCUGAUCAUGAUAUGAGCUGCUCCAAUAUAAACAAAGAGAAUAAAUUAAGUGGCCAUAUCAAAUUUUCACUACAUAUUAUAUAUAUAUAGAAACAAUGUUGAAUAUUAAAAAUACUGUCAUGUAAGCCUGUAAGGGGUAGUUGUGCUAUAUUUAUGAGUCCAAAUAGCCGGCUUAUCAGACUACUGGCAUUUUACUAUAGUCCAUGACCAUGAAUGAGAAAAUGUCAAUCAUGAAUAUGCAUAUCAAUCUCAUUACAAGGAUUUCACCAAACCAUAAUGACACAUCGGUUGUUUUUGUGAGGGGAAUUUGGAAAAGAUUGUCAGCACUUUGA